CCAAGUUUUGAUAAUAACAAUUAAUGCUUAUAAAGCAAAUAUAUCUAGGUCUUUGCCUGACAUAUAUUGGCGACAAAUCCUAUUAGCUGCCCUCUUGCUAGGGCUUCUUUAAUUCGUUCAUUAAUCCAUUUCGCAAUCGUGCUCAGUGUUAAAAAAUGGAUCACAACAACGACAGUAAACAUGAGGAACCUAUGGACUUGGAUGAUCUGUUACCCCACGUUGGUGAAUUCGGCCGGUAUCAAAAAUGCAUGCUAUGGUUGGUAUGUUUACCGGCGUGUUUCCCUUGCGGCUUCGGAGCCUUCAAUCAACUUUUCAUGGCGAAUGUUCCUCAUGAUUAUUGGUGCCUUGUACCUCAACUUGCAAAUCUUACAGCUGAGGAGCGCCUGGGACUUGCUAUCCCAACAGAUAACAAUACUUACAGUAAAUGUUCUCGGUAUAAAAUGAAUUGGACUGAGUUUCUUGCAGAUGAUACAAUUGAGAUUUCCGGUGAAAUUGAGCCGUGUUUAGACGGAUGGGAAUACAACAAAAGUGAAAUUUAUUCCAGUAUAGUUAUAGAUUUUGAUUUAGUGUGUGAUAAAGAUAUUUAUCCAACACUGGGAUUAGUUGCAUUGAAUGUCGGUGGACCAAUUGGUGUUUACUUCUUCGGUGUACUCAACGAUAAAAUCGGCCGUAAAAAGACUUUCUUCUUUUGUUUAACAACGUUAAUCCUCGGAGGUAUACUGACAUCGACGGCGCAGGAUUUUUGGUGGUGGGCCGGAAGUAGAGUCGUUGUGGGCUUGACCAUACCAGCAAUUUAUCAAAUUCCAUUCAUUAUCUCACUGGAAUUAGUUGGUCCCAACUACAGAUCGUUUGUUACAGUCAUGACUUGUUUAUUUUACAGUCUUGGCAUCAUAUUAUUAGCUGGUGUGACUUAUUUAGUGCGAGAUUGGGUUGUUUUGUCAUAUGUUACAAACAUACCUUUUAUUUUAUACUACAUUUACUUGUGGUUCCUUCCAGAGAGUCCUCGUUGGUUACUUACUAAAGGUAGAUUCGAAGAAGCUGCACGAAUAUUAGAAACUUUAGCACGUGUCAACCAGAAAGAACUUCCUGUAAGCUUCAAACAACAACUAAAACAACGAAUUAUGUUGACACGUACAAAAAGUGAAGAGGAAAAGUAUAAAAAUGGUCCUGGUGUGUUAUCUCUCUGUUACACACCUAAUAUGCGUCUUAAAACAAUCUUAAUCACAUUGAAUUGGUUUGCUACCGAGAUGGUGUACGUUGGUUUAAGUUAUUAUGGUCCUGCAUUGGGACAAGAUCAGUAUUUGAGCUUCACGUUGUCAUGCGCUGUAGAAAUCCCGAGUUAUUUAUUGUGCUGGGUGAUUAUGGACAAAUGGGGACGCAGAUGGCCGUUGUCUUUGUCGAUGAUUAUUAGUGGCAUCUGCUGUGUUGCGACCGUAUUACUGCCUGAGGAUGCAGUGACCGAAACGCUUAUCUUGUAUCUGGUGUCCAAGUUUUCAAUCGCAGCGGCAUUUUUAAUCAUUUAUCCAUUUUCUGGUGAGUUGUACCCAACGGAAAUACGUGGAAUUGGUAUUGGAAUAUCUGCGUACAUUGGUGGACUUGGAUUGAUCAUUAUACCAUUCAUAACAUAUUUGGGUUCUGAUAAUUUAAUCCUUCCACUGGUAAUCAUGGGAAUAAUCAGUGUUCUCGGAGGAUUAUCCACGCUUCGACUACCGGAAACUCUUCACCAUCGUUUACCACAAACCAUCGAGGAAGGUGAAGAGUUCGGGAAAGAUUUUUCAUUUGAAGAUUGUUGUAGAUGCAUUCCGAGACGUCCAAAUUCCUCGCGGCCAUUUGAAGAAGUGGAACUCAGUGAUUAUGAGCCGACAGAAGAAACACCCUUGGGACCCACACAUCGCUUAUCAAUGCAUCAACUAGUGCGACAAAACAGUAUUAUGGACACGCCUAAAGAUGUGGAUGGCACCAUGAAGAUUACCUAUUGGUUUUAAUUGUGCACUUUUAAAGAUUAAAUCACGCCAAAGUAUUUUCUAGA